AUUGUUUAAGAAAGAAAUUUAAGAAAGAAAGAAUGGCGUUUACCCUUUGUGGUGCCAAAUUGCCGCCAAAUCCAUCAUUAUCCAAAUUCAAGAUAAACAAUUUUGAACCGUUCAAGGACCGGUUGAUAAGUUUAUCCAAUGCGGGUCGGAUUCAAGAAGCAAUAUCAGUCCUGGAUGAUGUGAUGACCCGGAAACACACCCCUGACCUCACUACCUUGUCUGUUGUUGUCAAAUCUUGCAUCCGAACUCGUAACUUGGAACUCGGUAAACUCGUCCACUCGAAACUCAACCGGUCUGGAAUCAAACUGGACUCAAUCCUACUCAACUCACUCAUUACCCUGUAUGCCAAAUGUGGGGAUUGGGCCACUGCCAAAACUAUAUUUGAUUCCAUGGGCGCUCACCAGGAUUUGGUUUCUUGGAGUGCCAUGAUUUCUUGUUUCGCUCAUAACGGGAUGGAAUCCCAAGCCUUGCUUACAUUUGUUGACAUGCUUAGCCACGGCCACCACCCCAACCAGUUUUGCUUUUCGGCCGCCAUUCACGCCUCCUCUAACGCUGCUCCGAUCAUUGGAGCAGCCAUUUUCGGGUUUGUGAUCAAGACCGGGUAUUUUCAGUCUGAUGUGUGUGUUGGGUGUGCCCUGAUUGAUUUGUUUGCCAAAGGUUUUGGUGACCUGGAGUCUGCUCACAAGGUGUUUGAUAAAAUGCCUGAAAGAAAUUCUGUUACUUGGACUCUGCUGAUCACUAGAUACGCGCAACUGGGACAUCACGAGGACGGGAUUGACUUGUUUUUGAGAAUGCUGUUUGCUGGGUUCAUGCCUGACCGCUUUACUUUGAGCAGCGUUGUGUCGGCGUGCGCCCAAUCAGGAUGUCUGUCGGUCGGUCAGCAAUUGCAUCCGUGGGUGCUUAAGUCGGGUUUGUGUUCGGAUGUGUAUAUCGGGUGUAGCCUUGUGGAUAUGUAUGCAAAGUGUGGGCCCAUGGAGGAUGCUAUAAAAGUUUUCCAACGGAUGCCUAGUCAUAACGUCAUGUCUUGGACUGCCGUCAUUACAGGAUGCGUGCAAAGCGGAGGUGGUCUUGAUAAAACUGCCAUUCAACUGUACCGGCAAAUGAUCACACAAGGUGAUGUCUUGCCAAAUCAUUUCACUUAUUCUGGCCUUUUAAAGGCAUGUGCAAGCCUUUCGAAUCUGGAGGUUGGUAAGCAAAUUCAUAACCAUGCAGUAAAAUCUGGUCAUGCGUCUGUCAACUGCGUUGGUAAUUCACUGAUUAGCAUGUAUUCCCGGUCUGGUAGCAUGGAAGACGCCCAAAAAGCUUUUGAACUUCUACUCGACAAGAGUUUAAUCACCUACAACGCCAUUGUGGAUGGGUAUGUUAGGAAUACUAGUUCAGGUGAAGCUUUUAAGAUGUUUAAUAAAUUCGAGGAGACUCUGACUGGGGUCGAUUCUUUCACGUAUGCCAGCCUUUUGAGUGCAGCAGCCAGUCUUGGUGCUGUUGGAAAGGGUGAGGAAAUGCAUGCACGGUUGGUGAAAUCAGGGUUUGCUUCAAACCAAAGGGUUUGUAAUGCUUUAAUAUCAAUGUACUCCCGGUGUGGAGACAUUGAAGCAGCCACUCGUGUUUUUGAUAGAAUGGCGGAACGGAAUGUAAUAUCGUGGACUGCCAUCAUCACCGGCUUUGCAAAGCAUGGUCUGGCGAGAAAUGCUUUGGAAAUGUUCGACCAAAUGCUUUCAGCAGGCGUGAAGCCAAAUGAAGUCACGUAUAUUGCUGUUUUAUCGGCUUGUAGUCAUGUUGGGAUGAUUGACCAGGGCCUAAAACACUUCAAUUCAAUGUACCAUGAGCACAAGAUAAUCCCAAAAAUGGAACAUUAUGCAUGUGUAGUGGACUUAUUCGGAAGAUCAGGCUCUCUUGAAAAAGCCAUUGAUUUCAUCAACUCAAUGCCUUUCAAGGCCGAUGCUUUGGUAUGGCGCACAUUACUUGGAGCAUGUCAAGUCCAUGGUAAUACAGAGUUGGGAAAGUUAUCUGCGAAAAUGAUUACUGAGCUGGAUCCAAAUGAUCCAUCUGCUUAUAUACUAUUAUCCAACUUGUAUGCUUCAAAGGGUCAAUGGAAGCAUGUGGUUAAAAUCAGAAAGACUAUGAAAGAACGGAACUUGAUCAAGGAAGCAGGUUGCAGUUGGAUAGAAGCCGAAAGCCAAGCUCACAAGUUCUAUGUAGGUGAUACUGGUCAUCCUCGUGCACAAGAAAUAUACAAAGAGUUAGAUCAAUUGGUAACAGAUAUAAAGAAGCUGGGGUACGUCCCUAAUACCGAUUUUGUUCUUCAUGAACUUGACGAGAAAGAAAAAGAACGUUACUUGGUUCAGCACAGUGAGAAGAUUGCUGUGGCAUUUGGGCUAAUAAGCAUGUCGAAAACAAAACCUAUAAGGGUGUUCAAGAAUCUGAGGGUCUGUGUAGAUUGUCACACUGCUAUGAAGUAUAUAUCAAUGGCAAGGGGAAGAGAAAUUGUGGUUAGAGAUUCAAAUAGAUUUCAUCAUUUUAAGAAUGGGUCGUGUUCAUGCAACGAUUAUUGGUGAUUCCAUAAUUAGCAAUUAGGUUGGUAUUGAUCAAUUAUGUUGAGAUCAUCUAUCGCGUCUGUUUGACUUAAUUAAAGAUGCUCGCGGGAUGUCUGUCUCUCUCUAAGUUGACACUGACUGUAUGUGCUUAUUAUAUGACCUUAUACUGUAUUGUUUUUUUUUU